GGGACUGGGAGACAACGCAAGGCCUUACUUCUGAGCAGCUCAGGAGCACGUAAGAGAGUAUCCAUCCAAGCUGAGGUCGCUGGCAGGAGGCAGGGGGAUCCGGAACCAGUCAGUGAGUGGCUGAGAAGCAAAGAGGGUUUCUGGGAUUCCUAACGUUGGGAAUAGUAGGGACAACUGAGGGUAGCCAUCAUGUUUAUUGCCCACAGGUCAGGGUAGGAACGGAGAGGAGGUAUGGCAGGAAGGACUCUGGAGUAGUGAGUCCGAAAGUAAGAGCUGCACGUUGAUCAAGGGGAACAGUCUUGAGGGACUGAAGAAGGGGAAAAAACCAUGAAAAUCUCCAUAGGGUUCUGUUUGAGAUCAUUUAAAACAGAUUAGCAUUUCAAAUCUUGUGCUUCUAUUCAGGCUGAAUCACCAUCACCAAUUUUUAAUGGGUUCUAAUCUGUGUAGAUACAGAAACAAAGAGUAUAGUCAAUGCAGAUUGUGGGAAAGGACCUUCUGAGGUUUCUACCCUACUGAGAGAGGCACAGGGACACAUUGGAAUCCCUACUGGAUCAGACUGACUUUGCUAUGUCCACCAGCAGUUGCACUUUUGCAGACAGAUGUGUGUCUGUGCUGUGCUGCAAGUUCUGCCAACAAGUUCUAAGUUCACGGGGCAUGAAAGCUGUGCUCCUGGCUGAUACAGAGACAGAUCUCUACUCCACAGACAUCCCUCCCACCAGUACGGUUGACUUCAUUGGAAACUGCUAUUUCACUGAAAUCUGCAAAUGUAAACUGAAGAAUGUUGCCUGUUUGAAAUGCGGUAAUGUUGUAGGUUACCAUGUGAUUGCUCCAUGCAAACCUUGUUUGCUCUCCUGCAACAAUGGACAUUUCUGGAUGUUUCAAAGCCAAGCUGUUUUUGGAAUGAACAGGCUCGAUUCCUCCGGUACAAACUUACUGCUUUGGGGCAACUUGCCAGAUUCAGAGGAAAAUGCAGAUGAAGAUAUGUCCAGCAUAUCUGAAGAAGAGUAUAUCAGAUAAAUGUUAUCAGUAAUGUGCUCCAUGCUGUUUCUCUUGCAUUGUCAAGAAGAAUGAUGCGCAAAUCAUAGAAAGGCGGGGGGGGACUUCAAAGAGUCAUACCUGUUGACCUUAGGCUGUCUGAUCUAGUAAGCAUCUUGUACAAUAUGACUAGUAUGUGAAGGUUAAAAUGUAGUCCUUGUUCACUUUUGGAAGAGGUACUCACCAUCAGUAUGUAUAUCUGGAUUCUGCAACGGCUUGGUAUUGCCCCUGUCCUACAGGAAAGCAUUGUUAUAGAGAAGAUAAAGGAAUGAGCUCCACAUCACCUUCACUUAAGGUUGCACUAAGAAAGGUCUGAAAGCAACACAGAGAAAAAUCCUGUGGUGAGUUAUCUUUUGGCCUGUAUGACACCUUUUCCCUGCAUAGCUGGCUUGUGGUGAGUUAUCUUUGGCCUGUAUGACACCUUUUCCCUGCAUAGCUGGCUGGGUCAGAGGCUAGACAUGGCCUCCCUUCAGGGCCCACAGUUAAUGCUGCUACACGGAGCCAGCAGUGAAUACUGACUGAUGUUGGCAGCUUUCCAGAAUCCUGUGUUUGCAUAAAGCAAGGAGCAUUGGGAAGCUCUUAAAUCUAUGUCUUUUUGCAUGCCUUAUGCAAGUGUAGCACAGUGUUCAGUCCUACUAAAAGGCCAGCUUUCGAGGAAACCUCCUGAAUAGCUUUUUCUCUGCCAGCGCACACAUGGCCAAGAAGUGUGAGGACAUAGCCUGGGAACUGGCAUGCCUUCCUGCUCCUAAUGGAAGGAGAAGAUGCAAAUAAAUGGUAGCAAAAGAACCAGAAACUCCAGCUUCUGGAUCUGCAGCUCUCCCCUUUAAUGUGUGCAAUCUAGAAACAAAGAGGCUAAAAGAAUAGUGUCCAAGCAGCAGCAUUUCAAGCUAUGUUCACUCGUUUCUCCACUUGUUUACAAGAAAAGAGGAGCAGCGAGUGUGAAGCUGGAAAAGAAUGUCGUAAAUGCAGGGCCAGGUUCAAUAAAAAAUUUCCUUCUGGCUUCUGUCCUGCUGGCACAAGAGUAUCCCCAACAUAGCUGGUGGCACAGUGCCUUUUGGAAAGAAGGAAACAACCAGGCAUGGCUUGAAUUGAAUCUAGGCAGUGGUAUACUAAAGUAGGUAGCACAGUUCAUUUUUUCCAAACUGAUGGAAGUAUCAUCUGGUCAUAAUUUUUUUUAAAGAGUACUAAUGUACUCUUUGGAAGAAAAAAAAAUGAGGAUACUCAAGCUGCUUUGGUGCUUUCAGUGCUGUAGCUUAUAGAUAUGCUGUGGGGAGCCUACAACUGCUAGAGAAAUUAUAUCCACGGUCACUUGAAUGGGGCUAGACGUAAGUACAGUGAGCACCUUAUGCCAGGAGAAUAAAUGCUUGCUGGGUUUUGUUGGUUGUUGGGUUUUGCAAGGUGCCUUGAAAAAGAUUUCCAAAAGUCAAAUUACUUUUUAAGUUUUCUUGAUGUGUAGGUGCUAUUAUUAUUUUUAAACUCUCUGAAAGUCUACAUAGAUUCAGUCAUUCAUAACACUGGAAAUCUCUGCCAGUCAUUAGUACAGUUAAAUCAUUGUAGACUCUGAACUUAAUGGUCUUUUUUACACACACACACACACACACACACACUUUCGAUUGGGGGGGGAGAACCUCCAGGCCUCCAAAUCUGGCCCUCCUCGCUAGGCCAUCCCCCACACUGGUCCUGCUUCACAUCCUGAGGGUUGUAUCCAAAUUAGCAUUAAGUCAGGUCCCAUCAGCACAAGUAUUUUCACUAGUGCAAAGGAGCUUCCCCCGUCUCCUCCUCCCUUGCACCUCCUAAAUCAGUUCCAUGGGUUCCCCAAUCCUCUGGAGCAGAUUUGGGGAGGGUAUUUAGCAUGCACAGAGGGGAGGAGAAGGCAGAAGUCUCGUUGUGCUAGUGGUAAUCCUUUCCUGACAGGACAAAUCAGUUGAAUACCACCCUCUGUGUUUUUGUGUGGCUGGAAUGUACUUGAACUUGGAUAACACCUCUUCCUUGUCUAGAUGGAAGAAGGAGAGGGUGUGUCUGUGUCUGUGUGUAGUCGGUUGUAUAAAAGCAAAAAUUGCAUUUGUUUUUCGACCCAUUUUUGCCUCUGGCCUCAGCCGCCACUGGCAUGUGGCCUCAAAGGAAAUGCAGCCCCCAGGCCAAAAAAGAUUCCCUACCUUUGCUUUAGAUGGUAUAUAUUACUUCACUUGCUUCAAAAUGUGAUCCACCAGCCCUGCUGGACUUCAGCCCUCCGUUCAUUCUGUUGAGCAAGGCUCUGACAUUCUAUACCAAAGUCCUGCCCUGACAGCUUCACUGCUGCCAGUCUGCAGUCUGUUCAAGUGUCUCUCAUAUGUACUAACUGUAUAUAGCAAUAGUGAGUGUGCUGUGUGUAUUCUGCAAUUCCACAAGGACAGAAUUCAGUAUCUGGAGAAUCUUAACUUUUAUUUAUUUUUAAAAUAGCUUUCUAGCUUCCAAUAUAGGCCCCAUGGUGUAAGCAAAGCCUGAUGAAAUCUCAGAUGCCAAGCCAGAGGAUGAGCACAGUAAUGGGACUUAAGAUCCCUACAUAGGUGUUGCCUUUCUCCCAUUUAGCAGGCACAAAGCAAAGAACAGACAUUUUCAUAAUUUAUAUAGGUUAUGGUAUUCAAUUUUUCUUGGAACCGACUUCAGUAUAUUUAUUUAAAGCAGAAAAUACAUGCAGCUGUGAUAAGAGCAUCCUUCAUAAACAGAAUCCCCUAAGGUUACAUCUAGUCUAAAAAUUACAAAAAAAAUUUUUUGAAUGUUUUUUAGUUUGAGAAAUGGACUUAAAAUGUCCUCAGUAAUACAUAAGACUCCCCUUGUAAACCAAGGAAGGGAAAAAGUUGUGCAGCAGGAUCAUGACUGUGUUUACUCAGAAGUAAGUUCCACUUUCAAAGGGUAUUACUCCCUACUAGUAAGUGACUUUCAUAUUGCAUGUGGGUUCCCUGUAUUUUUGAUAUGACUUAGGGCCAAACCAGAUGUUAUGUCAAAUACAUGGCUGCCACAGAAACACCUCCCCCAUGUCUAGUAGAACUUAUCUGUGUCCUGAUGUUGCAAAACACUGUGUUUCCCUACUCCUUGCAAGUAGCAGCCAAUGUUUGAUGCACCGCUGCCAUUUUUAGUGGCAUCUAAGCAUCCUGAAGAACAUCUAGUUUAGCCAUUAGGAAGGUCCACCAGCUCAGAACUGCAUUUUUUCCAUAUGUUCAGUUACACAUGCGUGCAUGCACACACACACUCACAAGUGAUAGAACAGUGCCAUGUGUCACUUAGUUAAGCCCAGAGAUUAAAAAUCCUGAGAGUUUUGUAGCUACCCAAGGAUAUAAAGAUUAUAAGCACCUGUUACUUUGUUUGAAGUUUGUACUCAGCAUUCCCUGAAAAGACGUCUCAAAUAAGCAAUACCGUGCAAGGACUGUUGCUUCUGAUCCAGUAUGUGAGGCUUUAGGAUUGGUGUAUUAAUUUUAUUCUAUGAAUUGGGAAGUAAAGGUGUAGAUUUAAGUUACCAAAGGAGACUGUGGCCCUCCAGAUGUUGUUGGACUUCAGUUCUCAUCAGCCCAAGCCAGGAUGACCAGUGGUCAAGGAUGAUUGAAACUGGAAUCCAAUAAUACACAGAGAGCUAUCAGCUCUCCAGCCCUUGUUCUAAAGCAUUAAGUAAAGAUCGGCCAUCCAUGCCAGAAAUAUUGGGGACAGCCUGUAUCAAAGUGGUAGAGCACAUGUGUUGCGUGAAUAAGGUCCUGUGCUCAGUCCUUAGCAUCUGUUGCCAAAUGGUCUUGCAUUACAGGGCUGUGAAGGAUCACUGACAAUGUGGGCUAAAUGGACCUACUGUCUGACCCAAUGUGAGAGUUUAAUUUGUAUUUGCAAAAGGUAAGGAAGAUUUUGGAAAACCAUCUGGAUUGUGUAAGCAAAACAUUCUAUGCACUACAAAGGAUGAUAACUAGUCCUUCCAAACUCCACAUAUAACCAGUUAGAUGAUGUAUGGGAAGAAAAAUCCAAGGAGUAAAUUAGGGUGCAAUCCUAUACCCAUUUGCUUAUGAAGUAAUGCUAUUGAAUUCACUGGGACUUACUUUUGAGUAAACCUGUAUCAGAUUGCACUGUUAGAAUUAAAGAGAGAGCAUGAUUCAACUGAAAUCAAUGAUACAAAAGUGCUUAGUUCAGCUGAACUGUGACCAUCUUUAGCCCUUGACAGUCUGUCUUCUGCAAAACUACCCUAGUUAUUAUACUGCUUUAAUCUAAGAUACACAAGGCAUUAAGAUACACAAGACAUUAAAGUUUGGGUAGUGAUAUUAAAAUAUAAUGAGGACACAUGUAAGCUCAACAAUAAACAGAGUUAUUUGUUAUUAGUCAUACUGAAAGAUAAUGGUUCAUAAAUUUUCAGUAUAGCAUUGAUUAAAUGACUUUUCAUGGUACAGUCCUUGAUGUUACUAUGAAUGCAGUGGAUUGUGUAUGCUGCAUUUAUAAAACACCAUGUGGAAGAAAUCAUGUGAGCACAGAAGAGUCAAAAACAAUGUUUGCU